AUGAGCUGGAGAAGCACGUGUUGCAAGACAAAGACUGCCAUCUGUACUAGUACACGGCAGCGAAACUACUCGCCAAACACUGCAAAGAGGAAGCAUGCCCUGCUAUUUCCCGGUCAAGGAGCUCAACAUGUCGGCACGUUUAGCAUUCAUCACAAUGUUGCAACUUUGGAAAUUGUGUCGCUAAAUGUCUCGAUCUCAUACAAUACGUAUACAAUAGGGAUGGGGAAAGAUAUUUAUAGUGUUUAUCAAGUAGCUAGAACCGUCCUGGAUGAAGCUGAAGAAGCUGUUGCCGGUGGACUCAAAUCACUCAUGUUUGAUGGUCCACAACCAGUGCUGACUCAGACCGAAAAUGCUCAACCUGCCAUUCUGUCACAUUCAAUUGCAUUAUUGAGAGUACUCGAGACUGAAUACGGUUUCGAUGUGAGACACUGUACGUAUAUUCUCGGACAUAGCCUGGGAGAAUACUCUGCGCUGGUCGCUGCUCAGUCUGUUUCAUUAUCUGAUGCCAUCAAACUUGUGCGUCUGAGAGGACAAGCCAUGGCACAAUGUAUACACCCGUCACGAGAUACUGCUAUGAAGGCUCUGGUCGUAACAGGCUCUCUAGAAGAAAUCGAAUCGAUAAUACAGAGAAUGCAAACACAACUACCACCUGGUGAAGUGGCUGAGAUUGCAAACAUUAACAGUAAAUCACAAGUAGUCCUAUCGGGUACAACAAAGGGAGUAGAAUACGCCUCAUCAAUUCUACAGACGAAACGACUGGCUGGUAGAGGUAUAUCACUGCCCGUCUCUGCUCCAUUUCAUUGUUCUCUAAUGCAACCAGCAUCAUUGAAAAUGAGAGAAGCAUUAUCAAAGAUUGCUUUUCAAGAUCCUGUUACUGAUGUGAUUUCGAAUGUUACUGGUCGACCGUUUGAAAGUGCGUCUGAAAUACCCGAUUUAUUGGUUCGACAAAUCACAUCACCUGUACAAUGGCUACGGUCUUUGAGAUAUGCUAAUGAAGAUCAGGUUCAUGAUUGGGUAUGUGUUGGACCGACAAAAGUACAAGCAAACUUGGUCAAGAAGGAUUUUCCACAAGAGAUCAUCAAAGCGAUAAGUACAGCAGACGAUGUCAAGACAGUAGGACCCAAGCUGAAAGAUUUGUAG